AUGGUCGAAACCAAGGAAUCUGCCGGUCCUCUCAAACCCACACCUGGCACUUCUCUUGCUAGCGAAGCCCUAUCGAAACACCGAAUUCGCAUACCAUUCCAAACGCUAGCAGCUUUCACAGCCCUAAGUCUCUCCAUCUUCCUCGUGGCACUCGACACAGUCCUCAUACCCACCGCCUUACUAACCAUCUCCCAAACCUUCCACAUCCCAGACUCCCUCUACGCCUGGACAGGAUCCGCCUACCUCCUCGCCAACGCCGCAUCCGUACCCUUCUGGGGCAAGCUCUCCGAUGUCUUUGGCAGGAAGCCCGUCAUCCAAGCUGCAAACAUCACAUUCCUGCUCGGAAGCAUCAUAAGCGCCGUCAGCGUGAACGCCGCCAUGCUCGUGACAGGAAGAGCUGUCCAAGGCCUCGGUGGUGGCGGUAUCGUGGUGCUGGUCAACGUUUGCGUCAGCGACAUGUUCCGCGUCCGAGAUCGCUCUUUCUACAUGGGUACCAUCGGUGCAGUUUGGGCGGUUGCCAGUGCCCUUGGCCCCGUUCUCGGUGGUGUGUUUGCACAACAACUCGACUGGCGCUGGAUGUUCUACAUCAACAUACCCAUUGUUUCCGCCUCUAUUGCUGUCCUGCACUUUACGCUACGACUUCACAAUCCCAGGACGCCGGUCGUAAAGGGUCUUGCGUCUAUCGAUUGGCUUGGUACGGCUACUAUCGUCAUCGCUACUAUACUCCUGCUCGUCGGUCUCCAAUCUGGUGGCGCUAGCUCGUUCGCGAACCCUUCAGUCAUCAUGUGCCUCGUCUUCGGAUCGGUGGCGUAUCUUGCGUUCCCGUUUUCGCAGUGGUGGGAGGAUAAGCGUGGUGGGACUCCUAUUAUGCCGCUGCGACUUUUCAAGGAUGUCAGCAACCUGAGUGCGUUGGGUGUAUGUGCGUGCGACGCACUUGUCUUCAACUCAGUGGCAUACUUCCUCCCGCUAUACUUCCAGAUCGUCCUCCAGCGUAGCCCUACUAUCGCUGGAGUUUACAUGCUCGCUAUCGCAAUACCGCUAGCCUUGGUUUCUUUUGCUUCCGGUCAUGUCAUUGAGAAGACUGGGCGGUUUCUCGAGAUAAUCCAGGCAGGGCUGUUGCUCACGACGCUCGGUGUCGGUCUGCUCAUCUCCCUGGACAUGUCGCUCCAUAUUGGAAAAAUCGUCGGCGUUCUGCUUGUUAUCGGCCUUGGAUUUGGCCCUAAUUUCGGUGCUCCGCUUAUUGCCUUGCAAACACGCAUUCAAGAGACGGAUAUCGCGACUGGUACUGCCGCCUUUGGGUUUGUGCGUAUGAUCUCAGGCGCAAUCGGUCUCGUCGCUGGUCAGGUGGUCUUUCAACUCUUGAUGGCAUCGCACUUUCAGUCAUUUGUUGACAGCGGCAUUGCGAGCGAUUACGCUCAUGCUCUUGCUGGAGGUCAAGCUAUAUCUCAAGGUGUUGAUGUCAGUGCACUUACAGAGGGGCAAAGAUUUGCGGUGCGCUAUGCUUUCAUGGCUGCGCUGAAGGGGACGUGGAUAUUGUAUACGGUGAUCGGCGCACUUGGGCUGUUAGUAUCCUUUGGGAUUACCAGAACUAAGCUGCAGCGCGAGUCAACAUGCUGUACUGAGCUCGACGACAUCAGGGCCUCUGUUUAG